CACGUGAUGUGAAACUCAACGCACAUCAACUUUUGUUCUCCUGGAGUUUGUUUUUGCCGGGAGAGGUCGCAUGCUUGAACACAACUAUGGAACGAGGCUCGCAAAUCAGAAGGAAACGGCCUCGAGGAACAUCUACAACUUCAUGAUAACAUAAACUGAGCGUUUAAGAGAAACAUGAUGCUGUUAUAAAUGCGCUUGUGGUAACGGCAGUCCUUGUUUCGACCCGUCGCGAGACCCAGUGCAAUACAGAAGAGCUGCAUAGACCCAAGCAUGUCUGCCCAGAUAAUGAUGCAAUCCUGCCUCAUGGACCGGAGCAGCAGCUUUUUUAAGAAAACACUCCCGUAGCAGCACAUCCCUGUCAUCAAUUUAGAUGAUCCUUCAGUAGAAUGUGCUGAUCGACACAUUUUCCACGGAAAUCUCAGAGCUAAAGCAGGAAAUGGUCCAGCCAGCCAGAGAGCCUGAGACAGAGAUCCUACAGGGUCUGGAAAGAGAGGUGAGCGGCCUGUUCCUCCAAUCUUCUGAAUGUGCUGUUGCACCAGGAGUGAGGGACUCUGGGUAUGACUCUCUGCGCAGACGGAUGAGUAUCCUGGACCGACUAAUUCAGACACACUCUGUAUGGCUGCUGCUGUCACUCAGCGAUGAGGAAGCUAGACACAUUCUGCAACCGCAGCCGGCGGGGAGUUUUGUGGUGAGAAGGUCUGCUAAACUGCAGAAAAAGGUGAUUUCCCUGCGGAUUGACAGUGACGCACUGACUUUUCGGGACUUCCCAGUUAAAGAGAGCCAAUAUACCUUCUCCCUGGAGGGCUCAGGAAUCAGCUUUGCAGACCUCUUUCGACUGGUGGCUUUCUGCUGUAUCAGCAGGGAUGUUCUGCCCUUCACCCUGAAGCUCCCUGAGGCUAUCGCCACUGCAAAGACCCCUACAGAUCUGGAGGAGGUGGCUCAGUUAGGAAGAGGUUUCUGGGACUCUGAGUUUUGCAAUAAGAGGAAGUGUUCUGUUUCUUGGGGCAGCAUUUGUGAAAAUUCACAACAGAGACCAAAACAGUGGGGUUGUAAGUUCUCCCCAAGAGACAGCAUCCCAGCCAUCCCACUCACUCGUACCCCAUCCCAGCUUGAAUUCAGUCAAUCCAACGGAGCACUGUGCUUCAUCAAUCCUCUUUUCCUGCAGACACACCAACCUAACCAGUCACCCAACAAGCCAGAUACGUUAACAUCCCCUGGCAACGAGGGCAUCUCUCAGCCCCAACACAGUGCCCAACACAAAACAGACUGCCAGCAGAACAGGCAUAGCUGUGCAAGCAGUACGCCAAAUAGCUCCAAAACCAGUGUGAGUAGAUCUAAUAGUGAAUCUCACUCACCGCCACCUCGGCCUCCACCUCCUCGCUUUGCCCUUCGCAAGCAGAAGACCAUGCCUGAGACAGUCUGCUGGAUCAAAACGCCUCAGGAAAAGAGUAGCUUUCUUGGGAGGUUAGGUUCCUCCUUCAGUUCCUUAUCUCCCUCAUCCUCCCCACCCAAAAAGUUAAGCAAACCUAUCCUGGUGCCUUCAUCCCGCAUUAAGAAUUCCUCCAGCCUGCUUGAUGCAGAUGGACUCCGUUGCCAAAUGGCCCUGGAUGACCAGACCAUUGAGGAUGCUGUAUCUUGGAGCCUGGCCAAGCUAUCUAUGUGCAACUCCAAUGCUCUGGAAAACAGCAGCCCCGCAGAUGAGCACAGCUCCACCAGACGAGACCGUUUUAGUGACAUCAGCAUCUCCACUUCAUCCUCAGACUCUCUUGACUUUACUCACAGCUUCUCGCUGCCCAUGGAGGCCAGUCCAUCCAGAACCAACCGUCCUGCUGGUGACAGCAGCCUGGAGGAAGAAGAAGAGGAAGAUGAUGAUGGCAUCAACUUGGAGAGCGACCAGGAGGUGCCACCACCCUUCAAGUCAAAGAAACAGAGCAACGGCGGCACGUUUGUACUGCCACGCGCACUUAGAGGACAUUUGCGCAAGAUGAGCACCGUUCUCAAUUCUUUGAUGACGCCCGAGAGGAGAGCCAUUCGGAAGAUCAUGGAGCAGUCCAGGGAUAAAGGAACUUACUUUGGCUGCCUGGUGCAGGACUACGUGAGCUUCCUGCAGGAGAAUCGCGGCUGCCACACAUCAGGCUUGGACCUGCUGCAGACUCUCAGGCAGUUCAUGACUCAGAUGAAGUCCUACCUGCUGCAGAGCUCAGAGCUUAACCCCCCCAUUGAGUCUCUCAUUCCGGAGGACCAGAUUGACCAAGUAAUGGAGAAAGCCAUGCACAAGUGUGUGCUGAAGCCCCUGAAGCCUGUGAUAGAGGCCGCUCUGCAAGACUUCCAGGUGAGCAGUGGGACUUGGCAGCAGUUAAAGGAGAAUCUGGUGUUGGCCAAAGCCAAGCAGCCCCAAGAGAUGGGUGUGGAUGGAGCCUUUCCCCCUGACCCUGUGGCCAUAGAGAAGAUCCGUCACAAGUUUCACAUCAUGUGCAAGAUGUACUCACCUGAGAAGAAAGUGUCUCAGCUUCUCAGUGUGUGCAAGCUUAUCUACAGCAUUAUGGAGAGCAACUCAGGGAGGAUGUAUGGGGCUGAUGACUUCCUCCCCAUGUUGACAUAUGUGAUGGCACAGUGUGACAUGCCUCAGCUCGAUGCAGAAAUUCAGUAUAUGAUGGAGCUACUGGAUCCUUCACUGCUUCAUGGAGAAGGAGGCUAUUACCUGACCAGUGCAUAUGGAGCUAUGUCUCUCAUCAAGAACUUCCAGGAGGACCAGGCAGCCCGUGUGCUGAGCUCUGAGACCCGUAACACUCUGCACCAGUGGCACCGCAGACGCACCACCCAGCGUACCACACCAUCUGUGGAUGACUUUCAGAACUACUUGCGGGUGGCACUGCAAGAUGCAAGCAACGGCUGUACAGCCAAAACCCUUCAGGUGCAACCUUACGCCACAACGGAAGAUGUGUGUCAGAUAUGUGCGGACAAGUUUAAAGUUUCAGACCAGGAGAACUAUGCCCUGUUCCUGUUGACAGAUGAAACGACACAGCAGCUGUCCCCGGACACUCACCCACAGAAGAUCAAGGCCGAACUGCACAGCCGCCCACAGCCGCAACUGUUUUACUUUGUGUACCGUCAGAUCCAAAACCUCACGGUCCCUUCAGACCAGCUCAAUGGCAAUACUGUGCCCAACUAAAAGAGCAAGCCUGGUUUCCAUCAGGUCCUCUCAGAACUCCGAAUGCAUCAUUAAUUUCCUUUCAUAGAAACACUGCUAACGUCUGCAUUGUUUUGAAAACGUGCGUGUGUUGGAGGGAAGCGGAAAAUGUGUUUAGAGGGAAAUAGGGAAGGAAGGAUGUGUCUGACAGAUGCAGCACUUUUUUACUGCUCUGUCUUCACUAUUUUCAAAGCAGGAAGUGGCACGUGACCAUCACAAGAGGAUAGCUGUACCCAAACUGCAAAUGCUACAAUUAUGGAAUUAAUGCAACACAUUCAGGUUAGCAGAAGAUCUGCAACAUUACCAUGUUUAUGGUGUUUCUGUAAAGCUUUCAUGUACAAUUCACAUGAUGUCUGAUGGUUUUAAUUCACAUGCAGAAUUGUGCCCUACAUACCUCUCCUGUCCUAUUUUUCUUUUCUUUUUUUUCUUUUUUCCUAUGGUGAGAGAUGGUGGUAUUGUUCAUAAGACUGCUAUCCUAUGCAGAGACUGCUCAGUGCUGGAAACAUUAUUGUGAUGAAUUUUAGGAAGUUCUUUGAGGAUAUCCUUAUAAGAACUCAGACUAAUUUUCUAAUGUAAAUCUUAUACAUGAUAUUUUUGCAGUUGCUGGUAAACUGCAUUCUUUUUAUAUAUGAUUUAUUGUUAUAGAUUUGCAUGUAUCUAUAUGAUGAUAAGACCAAUUAAAGAACCAGGCAUUGUUGCCAGUGAUGUUUUUUAUCAUAUUUUUUUUAUGAAUUAUGAUCAGUCAGUGCUUACAGUCAUUAGUCUGUAAAGCAAAGUCUUGUUAAAAACAUUAAGAGCAAUGGAGCAAAAUUGUGAGGCUAUGUUCUAAAAUACUGUACUACUGACAAGCUUAACAGUUGGGGCUUGUGGUAAUCUAGAACUGUGUUGUACUGAUUUUCAUUCUGGCUUGCAGGUUUUCAGGGUUUUGGCAAGUAAGGCAAAAGGAAAGUUCAGUGUAAUGUAAGAAAGAAGCAAACAAAAUGACAUGGAAAAAAGAAAAGAAAGGAAGAAUGGGAGGUAAAGAGUCAUUGGUUGCAAUAUCAACAGACAGAAAUUAUUUUUAAGUGUCACUGUAAAGUGCUAUCAGGGAAUAUCGGGAGGGAUGAGUCACAUAGUGGAGAAUACUUGUCUUUUACACUCAUAACUAUACUCAUAACCUCAUAACUACAAUAACUUACCAAGUAUUAGAUUUUCUACUAAUGUACUUUACGUUUGCAUGUUUUGAUGUAAACUCGGGGCAUUUUUUUUUUAGAUUUAAAAGACGGGGGUGCUGAAAUGCUCUAACCCAUGUAACGUUUAUAUAGAAACACUAGUCGCAUCUGAAACACAACUACUUGUUUCAAGUCUUGAAAUGUAUUUUAAAAGUGAUUUUAACAAGAUAUUUUAUGUCUGGUAAGUGUAUACAUAUUUAUAUGCAAUCUGUGCUGGAAUUUUUCACAGAUCUGAAAGCACUUGAUUCAAAGUUUUUGUGUGUUCUUCAUGGAGUCUACUAGAGUAGUUCCUCAUUCCUUAGAUCUUCUUAUUUGUCAUUUUGUACAUGUAUUCUGUUGCACACAAUAAACUAAUGUCGAAGA